AUUGGUACAUUACUCCAUCUGCCCCGAAUAUCACAGCAAGAGAAAUCGUCGUCGAGACGUGUCUAUCGCGAGCCCUAAACAACACUUCUUAUCUUGAAGAUAUUACAAAUGUAAACACGAAGUUUUCGACGUUAAAUAUGUAUGUGCGCUACGUGGGGCUUAUCGUUGCGGUGUAUUUUUUCACGAAUUAUUGCUAUCGCUGCAUUCAUUAUCGGUCGUGAGUUAUAUCCCGAGAUGACAAACCACUCGUUGUUGUUUACCGCGAUCGAACGUCGCAGUGAUGCGUGCAAUGACGACAGCGGUCGCAACGCGACGCGAUCGUGCGUCCGUCGUCUGACGUCGCGUUUGACGUGAAUCGCGCGAUCGAUUCGUUCGAUUCGAGCUCUCGAGCCGCCCUCGGCGACACCGUUAUAGGCGACCGCGAUCCCUUCGCUUUUAUUUACCACACGCGCAACGGGAUAUGCGCUCUCUCUCUUUCUCGUGUAUAAACAUGGCCGUCGUGCUUUGUGAUGAUGAUCGCCCGUGUCAGCCUGAACGGCCGAGUGUCGCGCGCGACUGCAAAUAAUAUGGAUGAGGGACGCCAGUCCCGGAGACCCAGGCUGUCGUCUGGGUGAGCAAUGAAUGUACUUCGCAUUUUGACACCGUGUGUGUUACAACGCAGACGCAUAAGAGGUAUAGAUAGUGCUGAUAAAAGGGAUUCCUGGUUCAUGAGAAGACAGCGUGGAGAUGCCUCUCACAUGACACAUAGAAUGGGUGCUUCUGCAUCAUCAAGCAUCACCAACGUAGGUGGAGAUUCGGUCCAAGCAGCUAGACUUUCAGCGUCAAGCAGUCCAGAACAACAUGGCAUUGCAGUUAGUUGUUUAUUCAUGUAUAGAGAGAAGAAAAAGAAGAUGACAGGAUUCGCGACGUUACGGAAGAAAUUUAUUAGGAGACGCCGCUCCUCUAAAGCAUGUGAUCACGGUAGAAUUAUUAGAGAUCUGGUAUGCACAUGGAGUCACUUAGAAGCAACGGCUCUGCUUGAAGAAUAUGAGGCUUUAGCUGCAUUGAAAGACCUUCAUGUUCAAGCCGAAUUAGCUAGGCCACCAGCUGCUACUUUCAAGCAAGACCUGUCGAUGUUGUAUGAUUACAAACAUUGCUCUGAUGUGGAUCUUGUAUAUAGAGGAGCGUGUUUCCCCGUUCACAGAGCCGUGCUUUCCGCCAGAUGCCCGUACUUUAGGGAUCUGCUAGCUGGCUGCCCUGGAUAUGGUGCUAGAAUAUGUUUGGAGUUAAGGACUCCGCAUCUCGAGGUACAGAUGUUCUCAGCGUUAUUGCGGUAUCUCUACACCGGUGAUAUCUGUCCACACGAUGCGACGUUGGAAGCGAACUUACUGCGGCGACUCGGAGAGGAGUUCGGGACUCCGAAUCCGCUGGAGCAUGAUCUCAGAUAUUUAUUGGACACCGGCGAUUACGCAGACGCCGCUCUUGUGUUCACCUCGGAUAAUGAUUAUCAAAGACCGGACAGUGGAAGUUCCGAGUACGGAUUUCGUCCCAAACUAGAGCUGCCAUGUCACAAAGCGAUACUUUCCGCGAGAUCUCCCUUCUUCCGAAAUUUAAUACAAAGGCGGACUAGAUCGGGCGAGGAUCACACAGAAAGGGCGCUUCACAUACCUACUAGAAUAGUGCUGGAUGAAAGUGUUAUACCUAAACGAUACGCCAGGGUCCUGCUACAUGCUGUAUAUCUAGAUACUGUUGAUUUAUCAUUAAUAUUGAGAGGGAGCGGUUGUGGAAACAGUGCUGGUAGUCUGGGAGAGGUUCAAGCUCUCACACAUACAGGUCGUAUGCGACCGAGUCCUUUAGAAGAAGCAAUGGAAUUGUAUCAGAUUGGACGGUUCCUCGAGCUUGAUAUAUUGUCGCAAGGCUGCGAGGAUCUUAUUUUGGAGUAUCUCACUUUGGAGUCGUUACCGGCUGUUCUCAAGUGGGGCAGUCAACCUCACGGGUCAGCAUGGGUGCACAGACAAGCGUUGCAUUACUUGAGGGAGGAAUUUCAACCGAUCGCCUCGUCUUCGAUCCUCCAUCAGCUAGAUCACGCCCAUUUAGUGAAUGUUUUACAGAGUCAUUUUUUACAAGCGAGCGAACUUGAAGUGCUGCAGGCAGUGCUCAAGUGGGGCGAACAGGAAUUAGUACGCCGAAUGGAGGAUCGGGAACCGAAUUUGCUCAGCCAUACCGUGCACUCCGUGACGAGGAAAGGCAUCAAGAAAAGAGAUCUCAGCGACAUCGAAUUGCGGGAGAUACUGAGCGAACUUUUGCCGCUCGUCAGAAUAGAUCACAUAUUGCCGCCGAAUAGCGAAGCAUUAGCACAAGCUAUCAGAAGAGGAUUGGUUUCUACCCCGCCGAGCCACAUGAUAGGAGACGAAAGAGAUAAUUUGCGAGUAAAUGCGUGGAUAAGAGGCGGAAAGAAGAAUGGAUUUUUCGUCAGGCCAAGGUUAUUCAUGCCCUAUUACGAAGAGAUCAAGUCCUUGGUGGAAGAGCAGAUGGUUCAGGAAGCUGAUUUAGUGCGAUUACGAAGGCCGCGAUAUGUGGCCGAUAUUCCAGACGCGCUGUACAUGGUUGAGGAAAAGCCAAGAGUCAUGGGUACCGCUGGUGUAGACGUUCUUGCUGCAGCAUUUCCAGUGCCAGAUUCUGCAACGAUGGCCGCAAUGCUGAAACGGGAGCAGAAAUUGAGGCAGUCGCCCAGUUGUCAACGAGCCAUAAGCUUGCCGCUUUCCUCGCGACAUGAAAUUAACCGACAAGUGCGAUUACGCGUCGUCAGGGAGUUCAAUUUGCCCGACACUGUAGCCGAUCUUCUAGAGAACACAGCGUCUUACAGUAUGAAAGAGCAAAACGAGCAGAGGAUGACAGAUAUAGAGGACAUUGACUCGCCGGGCAUGGGUAUUCGUGUGAGAACUACCGCCCCGGUGUGUUACGGGAGGAACAUGACAUUUCCUCGGCCGACUUCGUCUUACGCACAUAGACACGAACUUCCAGCUAUAGUGACCGAGGGAGAGAGCUGCAGGCUUCUUGCCGAGCAACAAGAGGGCAAUUCUUGCAGCGACGGCCAAUUGUCGGGCGUAAUGCCGGACGUAGCGAUGGCGACGGCCUCCUUCGGCGCUUUGCAUUUAAUCGAGGAGCAGGAACUGGAAUUGGAUCUCGGUGACGGGGCGUCGCACCUCUUGCCGCACGUUUCCCCAUCGAGCGGCGGAAGCAUCGAGGCGGCGGCGCACCGGUCGUCGCUUCCUCAUCAGCAUCAAAGACACUUCUCCGGCCCGCCGCCCCCACCGUAUGUGUAUCAUCGUGCUGGCACUGCCUUACCGAGGUUUAUUUGAAAUUUAUAUACAAUGUGUGGAAGCGAACAACGUGGCAACUACUGAUCCCCUCCCCCCUCCCCCUCCCCCCUGCGCCACCCCCUUUUUCCUCCCGCCCUCACCUCUCUCAACCCUCUCUUCCGCCCCUUAUUAUUACAUAGUCAGCUAUCGUAGCGUUUAUCGAUCAAACCUUGUUAUUGCGGGUACAAAUUUACUACAAGGAUAAUUGUAUGUACAUUUUAUUUAAAGCAAGCUUUUAAAGAAGGUAGAAAGUACUUGGUUUAAGAUUAUCUUGUAAUCUCAUCAAAUCUGGAAGUUACAUACUGUGGAAAAACGAAAAUGCAAAAAAGAACUCACCGCUUACCGAGUACGAUGCAAUUUUCGCGGACGCGUAUACGGAGCAUACGGAUGUUUCACUGUAGAAUAUAUAUAUUAUAUAUAUAUUAUAUGCAUACAUAUAUAUACACUGUGUAUGUAUGUAUGUAUAGAUGUAAUAACUAAGUGCAAUCGUGUAAGGGACAAAAAAAAUGCGAUUGUGAUUUAUACAUAUAAAUAUGUAAUCGUGAUAUGUGUAUGUGAGUGUACUUAUGCGGGCGCGUGCGUGUAUGCGUGUGUGUGUGUGUGUGGUAGGGAAUAACGUGUAUCCGUGGUUCUGACUCCGAAGUGUCAAGACUGUUAGCAAGAAAGUUUCCAAAAGAAAGAGGAACAAUGUACGAGAUUUUGAAUAAAUCGCGCCUUGUCACAUCCAUCACCUUCACUCCGCAUAAUGAUACGAGGGGGGAAAGUGAAAGUGUCAUGUUAUUCCUCGGCGGUUUUGCGUCUUCCCGGCACGCGGAAAGCGCGGCGGCGACUUUGCGCGAAUGGAGCUGCGAAGCGCUUGAUGACAUUUUACCAUGCUAAACUUUUUAAUUUUUCCUCUCUUCUAGGGCAGUUUCGAUGUAUGACGGGCUAUAGUAAGACUGUAAGUAUAUAAGAGAAAUCCAAUCGAUAAAACAUAUAUCGCGCGCUUAGAGAUGACGUCCGGGGUGCCUCGGGUCGUAAAAAGCGUGCGUGACGUCUACGAUAUUUAAUGGGUUAAUUAAUUAUCGCUAAGUGCCCGGGUGCAUGAGAAUUUUCUAAGAAAAAAUUUUCCAUGAAUUUAAAUGUACGCCUCCACCGGCCUUGCCGCCGCGGCUUGAUUGUAAUAUAUCUGCAAACAGGGUACAUACUAUACGGGGUGACCCAGAAGUCGCGUAUUGUUUUUAAACAAUACCCGGUUGAUCGUGAAAAAAAUGAGAUUAACUUCGAACCACACGAAUGAGUGGAUAUUAGAAGCUUCUGAAACAAAAUAAGUUUGGAGGAAAAGAAAAAAAAACGGAAAUCUUUAUUCUUCAACUAGUCUGUUAGUAGAAUUUAACUGAAGAAAAUUUAAAUUUCUAAUUUAGAGAUAAUAAUUAGAGAGAGAGAAAGAGAGAGAAAGAGCAUACAUCAAAAUCGUAAUAAUUGACAUUUAAAGAGAUUAUAUCUAAUUAAAUUCUUGCUAAUUAAGAAAAAGUUGACUAUAAAUUUGUCAAAAAAAAAAAAAAAAGUCUAGUCAAGGCAAAGUUUGCUUCUGGAUCAGCGUGUACAUUUUGUUCCGCUAAAGUCAUAUAUAUUUAAGAGGUCAGACUUUGUAUGAAUUAUGCCGCACAAUACAGAACUGUGGGAAACAUGUCACUUUCACUUUCGCUGAAGCAACAACGAUUAGGCGGGAAUUAAUCACUUGAAACGUACAGAUGUAAGAUUAAUAUUGACGGAUAGAAACUAUUCUUUAUUUAAUAUGGCCCCUCUGUGUCGACGUGGAAUAUAAUUAUUAUUAAGAUACUCGAUAUAGAGCUUGUUUAAACUAUAUAUUCAAGGAAUUCGUUUACCGUCCUUACGUUAGAUAUUUGAAUUAUUAUUUCCUGUGUAUACCGACAGCUGCGUUUAAUUAAAUAAUUUUUUAUUGUAUUAUAUGCAUUUUGUUAUAUUCCUUAGAGAAAGGUGCAUUUUGUCUUAGACAGAAAUAAAAAUCGACGUUGUCGGCGCUGUUAUGUAGCUGCCGACAUAAAUUGUGAUAUUAUUCGAAAAAAUUAUUGGUUUGAUCAUUGUGAUUUAUAAUAAAUUUAUCUCUUACAACUUGAAUUAGAAAGAUAUAUUAUUAUGUAAAAUAUCGUUAACUGUACGCGAUUCAUAAGCUAUAAAUACCGAUUGUCUGCUUUGUAAAGUGUGUCAUCGCGUUUAUCUAUCUAUCUUGCGAAUUGUAAAAUUACUUAAAUUUGUCAAACGAUAUUGAAUCGUGAAUCCACGGAUUGUAUCAAAUAAUGUAAUAUCAGCUGCGAUAGUAGUUCGUGAAUCCACGAUCGAUUGGCAAUGUUAUAAUUUAAAGCAACACUAGACCAACUUUUAAGACCAGAAUAAAAGAAUAGUUAUCACGUAGAUAGAUUAAUACUGUAUAGACUGAAAUAUAUCGCGAGAGUAGUAUUUUGACAUUCUGUAUAGUUUCUGUAUUGCAAAAGAAAAAGAGAUAAUUAAGAUGUCAA